UUAGGCUUCCAAAACGUAUUAAUCUUUAUUAUAUAGUAGACCUAAUUGCCCCAUUCUCACUCUCACUCACUUCUCUUCUCUCUUCACACCAUUCUCUCAAAUCCUGGGAUGGACUUUGUUGCAGUACUCGGCACCGGGGCUCUAGUGGCCUUCGGUCUCUACUGGUUCGUAUGGGUUCUAGGCCCCGCCGAACAACAAGGCAAGCGCGGCGUCAAUCUCUCCGGCGGAUCGAUCUCCGCCGAGAAGGUUCAAGACAACUAUAAGCAGUACUGGUCCUUCUUCCGCCGCCCUAAGGAGAUCGAAACCGCCGAGAAGGUUCCAGACUUUGUAGAUACUUUCUACAAUUUAGUAACCGACAUUUACGAGUGGGGAUGGGGUCAGUCCUUCCAUUUCUCGCCUUCGAUACCCGGUAAGUCUCACCGUGACGCCACGCGCAUUCACGAGGAGAUGGCCGUCGAUCUCAUCAACGUCAAGCCCGGGGAUCGAAUUCUGGACGUCGGAUGCGGAGUUGGUGGCCCCAUGCGAGCCAUCGCUGCCCACUCGCGUGCCAAUGUCGUAGGCAUCACGAUCAACGAGUACCAGGUGAAACGCGCUCGCCAGCACAACAAGAAGGCCGGACUCGACUCUCUCUGCGAGGUCGUUUGCGGUAACUUCCUCCAGAUGCCUUUCCCGGACAACAGCUUCGAAGGCGCUUACUCGAUCGAAGCCACCUGCCACGCGCCGAAGCUGGACGAGGUAUACGCGGAGAUCUUUAGGGUUUUGAAGCCUGGAUCUCUCUAUGUGUCGUACGAGUGGGUAACGACGGACAAGUACAUCGGCGAUAACGCUGAACAUGUCGAAAUCAUUCAAGGUAUCGAGAGAGGUGACGCCUUGCCCGGUCUCCGGAGCUACUCCGAUAUUGCCGAGGCGGCUAGGAAAGUGGGCUUCGAGGUGGUGAAGGAGCAAGAUCUGGCUAAGCCACCGUCUCUUCCAUGGUGGACACGUUUGAAGAUGGGUAGAUUUGCUUACUGGAGAAACCACAUUCUCGUGACUGUGCUCGCCGCCGUGGGAAUCGCUCCCAAGGGUACCGUCGAUGUCCACGAGAUGCUUUUCAAGACCGCCGAUUAUCUGACCAGGGGCGGCGACACGGGCAUAUUCACUCCGAUGCAUAUGAUUCUCUGCCGAAAGCCAGUCACCAAAUCAACAACCUCAUGAGUAUUCUUGAGGGCGGAAAGAAGGUGAUUUUGAUUUGAUAGUAGACAUAAGUGUGUGAGGGGCACGUGACUGUUUGGUUGUCGAGAACUGGAAGGAAGGAACUGUGUUUGGUUGGUUUGGUCCUUUUGGAGAGUUUCAGGAGUAACGGUCCCGCCAAACAUGUGGUGGUUUAAGGCUUUGUUUGGUUUGUUAGUCAUUUAAUGUGUGGUCUUUUGGGGGUUACUGAAUAGUCAGGCCGACAAAUGGGCCCACUCGUGUUACUAAAACAAGUAUUUCAACCUUUCUUCUCACCCCUUUAUUAUGCCGUAGUUUUGCAAUUGAGGCCUUUCUUAUUGAUUAUUAUUUUAUAUGUGAAAUUAAUGUCUACUCAAUUCAAUUUUCAA